AUGUCACGCACCAAGCAGCGCAAAGCUAUGCAAGCCAGGCAUGCGCGCUGGGAACGCAACGCGGACGUGAAGCUACGGGUCUUCCACUCACCACCCUUACCUGAAACAUACUCCGGGGUGCCGGUUCCAACAACGGCACGGGACUUCUGCAAACCUCACCGCAAGGAUGCAAUCCACACCCACGCUCGACAGCUGGUUACUGCGUACAACAGGAAAAGCCUGGCGCACUUCACCGGUCCGCUUCACAUCGAGGCUCUCGUGCACCAUCAGACGACAUUCGAGCCCGGAUCAGCUGUCGAGAUUCUCGGGCUGACCUACCGGAAGUCUGUCAUCCUCAUUCCGUUCAGGGUCAUCCUAGAUGAGCAGACCAACUCUCCAACUCUAGCAUGCGAGGUGAAAGGCGGCUGGCAGUUCUUCGAAGAAUGGCUGAGCAUCUUCAAAGCACCCCCGAAUCGCAGCUUACGCAAGAAUGCGACCCAGAUCCAGCAACAGUGGUGGGACAAGAACGGCAAGACGUUCAACAUCAUGGGUCUGCCCGUAGAGCUUCGGAGGUUGAUCUUCGAGCAGGCGACGUGUGUUGAGCACUUUCCGAUACCCUACACCUACACAGACGACGUUCUAUCCUACUGCGGCCGCGGAGCAGAGCUCUCCGGGCGUGAUAAUCCUCGUCGUAAAGCAGAGAAGAAAGUCAUCGGGACUCCCAACAUCAGCCUACUCUUCGCGAACAAGCAGAUCUACGAGGAGAUCAAGUCGCACCUACAGUACGCGGCUACCAAAGCCUUCGUAUCUGAGUUCGGUCUUGGGAGCUACAUUCACCCCCCCGAGUCCUCUAAUAUGGCCGGCCUGUUGAAGCUUCGGCAUAUUACACUCGACUUCGACGAUGAGGAAUACGUCCGCUUCUUCGGCUGCAGCUCUGCGCUCGGACGGGUCGAUUUGGCGGAGGAUGGCGGGGCUCACCUCCUAGAGAAGCUGCCCAGUCUCAAGAGCAUUCGAAUCCACUUCAAAUCGCGCCUCCCCCACGAUCACUGGAACUCAGGUCUUCUUUGUCUAUAG